AUGAGUGAGCCAUCAGGUAGUAGAAGGGGUAGCUCAGCAGAAAGUAUAAAAAGAAUACAUUCAGAACAUGAAAAACAUGUCCAUUAUGAAGACACAUCCAGUCCAGGGCGAACUUAUGUAUUAAACAGAGUUGAUAACGCACAUUGUUUGCAAUUGCAGCGACAACAUACUCAAUCAUCAAAUAUUAUUGGUGUUUUGAGAGAAUUGAAAGAUGACAUUGUAGACUACAAUCAGUCUUAUAACAAUCAAGCUUAUUAUAAUACAGGAAGAUCAUGUGUUGUGUCAAACAGAAACCCAGCAACAGGAAUGGGAGAUGUUUAUGUCGAGCAAAAUGGAAAAUUUGUCAAAGCUCCUCGGGAACUCUUAGAAAACUUUAGUUUCAGCACAAGAGAAAUUUACCUAGAGCAAGUAGGGUCAGGGUUUAGAACUCCUCUGGACAGGGCGAUCGUGGCAGAAAAGGCAUGCUCUACCAUCAGCAGGAUAUUACUUGGAAUAUUAGCGGGUGCCUCCCUGCUUGCGUUUAUUAUAAUAAUUAUGCUUGUGAAUUCAAGACAUAACUUAGCUAUUUUAGACUUGUGGCCUUUUUUAGCCAUCAUAUCUGAAGUUUGUCGAACGUUAUUUUUUGUUAUGCUAACGAUUUGUUUGAUUUCUAUUCUCGAUUGGCUGGAUAUGGCACACGCUGAUCUACAACAUAUGAUAGAUACUUUUCAAAGGAGGAAAAUUGGUUAUGUUUUUAUUCUAUAUUUCUGCGCAAUGACUGCGUUUCUUAUAACGGCUCCUUCGAAUGAUUAUAUAAUUUAUACCAUGAUAACAAAGAAUCCCUCUCAAAAUGCAAACUUGAGCCAGAAAGAGAAACAGGAACUUGCUGACUACGUGAAUUUUUGGAAGGUGUUAACUUUAAUUUACUUAUUGCUUUGCUUUCUCGGAUGGCUUUUAGUUACUCUAACAAGGAAUGAAGACUUGUUCUACAUUCAUUUGUUGGGAAUGAAGAAGUACGAAGCUUCCACUUUACCAGUUACGAACGGAUACGAAAAUCAAAGGAAUUUUACCACGCUUGACCAUAUCAGUAGACUCCCUCUACAUUAG